CAAAGACCCAUCUAUGCGCCAUGACCCCUCAGGACGUUCUUCAUCUUCAGGAAGGCGUGGUGAGUCCAGGUCUGGAGGAUAUCAUUCUUCAGAUUACUCGAGGGAUCCCACUGGACAUCAUCACGGCCAGAGGUCUUCCAGGCAGGGAGAUCCGCACAGGUCCUCACGCAGCAAGUCCCAGGGCCAAGUAGACAUGCAGGGACAACAACCAGGCUCAUCCAGGUCCGUCAGCAGCUCUGGGCGAGCUCAGGGUUCUGCUGGUGGGCCUCCAGGAUCAGGACGACAGGGGGGUCCCGGUUCCCAGGCAGAUGGGCUCCAAGGACAGAGGACUCAGCUCCAACAGCAGGCCCAGACGUCUGCAGCCAGACCAGGACAGCCUGGCACAACAGCAGCCACAGGCCUUCAGCAGCAGACACCAGCCCAAGGUCAAGGCAUGGGCAUGGGUAUGGGAAUGGGUCAGGCCCAGGCGAAACCAGGGCAAAUGGGACCAGCGGGCGGGCCCAUGGGGCAGGCUAGGCCGACUGGUGCAGCAGGAACCACACCGUCCACCAUGACAAAGAUCGACAUACCUCCAGUAACGGCGAUCGGGGCAAAAGCGGCACCAGUCAUGGCCUCAAAGGCGGGCCAGCCCCCACUUACAGGCAUAGGCUCCAAGGCAGUUCCUAGGCCCGGAGGUAUCGGCAGCGCAGCGGCAGGUCAGCCUGGCAUGGAGGGAGAAGGCAUGUUUUCCAAGAUCCUGCCCGGAAGCGCCGCUGAGCAGGCCGGUAAACUGGGAGAAGCCAUCUCUGGAUUUGGCAAGAAGUUCACCUCCUUGUUCUAAGGUGACACAAAUAAGGACUAUGAAAAGUGUCAAAGACGAAGUCAUGAGGCCCAGUACCAGAAAAACCUGUGAAGACCCCCCUGCUUUUGUUUUCUUAAUAAAAGAGAAAGGAAGGAGAGAGAGGAUGAUGACCGAGAGGAGGGCGGAGCAUAUUGCCAAAACAGACUGAAAUCCUCUGGAUGCUUCGUGUCUCAGAUCUGAGCAACAAAGGCAGAGAGAACACUCUGAUCUCUCUGACAGGCCAGACAAUCAUGGCAAGGUCAAGCCGACAUCCAGCCUCAGAAGGAACCACAUAAUCACGCAGCUUCUUGCAGACAACCUGCAGCAGCUACAGAUGUCCGCACCCCUACAUGAAAACAGGGGGCUGGAAGUGACAGCAGAAAGAGGUGGCCGUACGAUCCAGGUCCUCCUUCACGCCAGCAGCGGGAGCCGCGUGCUCACAGAGGCCCCUGCAGUGCGACACGUGGAUUUAAAACAUCGGUUCUGUUAACACGGCGUGGAGAACGGCUGAAGGCUGCGUCGUUUAUCCUUGAGGCCCGCUUUCAUCCCGACGUCCUGUAGCAGGCGGUAGUUUCACCGCGGCUGCAGAGGCUUGCCAGGUUUUACAGGCCUGCGCUCGAUCCAGGAGUAAUAUCAACAAGUCACCUCUCUCCUCUUUUCUAUCUCUUUUCCAAGUAAAGAAUCAGCAGGGGAAAAAAGUGGAAACCCACAGAGGCACCACAGGUUUUUCUUGUACUAAAGACCAUCGGACGUUGACGAGGAAAUCACCCAAGUCCCCGAAACGUCACUAUGAAUGAAACGGACGACGACGACGAGGCG